AUGUAUGACGACUCAUCAUGUCCGGAGUCUUGGCAUUACUGGGGAAAUUCAUGCUACCAGAUCACUGAGACGGCAUUUACCUGGUCAGAUGCUAAACGGGAGUGUAGAAACAUGGGUGGUGUUCUGGGUGUACCAAGCUCUGAUGAAGAAAACGAGUUUAUAGGGCAAUUAGCUGAUGGGGUAGUAUGGAUCGACUGUAAUGAUUUAGAGGAGGAGGGGAGAUGGAAGUGCAGAGAGGGUAACGUAGAGGUCGCUUACAGAAACUGGAUGUCCGGAGAACCGAAUGACGUGGACGAUGAAGAUUGUGCGUUCGUUACUCCAAGGGGAAACAAUCAUCAAUGGUUUGAUUGGAGUUGCAGUAGAUCAGUGAGAGCAAUUUGCAAAAUGGCUGCUAGACCAGUCCUUCACGCUUGA